CCAUAAUAAUACGGGCCCAGCUGUUGGCGGGCCAACCGAACUUCCGAAUUGUUAAGAGCGAAAAAGGAACGAACUUUGGUUAUGUAACCGCCUUUUUCUUCUUCUUAUUAGGCAGAUCCGCCCUUCUUCGCUGCUUUCUUCUUCUGGAAUUUCCACUCUGUUAUCUGCUGCACCUCUUCAAUUUUACGACAUAGAUUCAUAAAGUUCUCGCAGUUGGAGUUUUUCUUCAUCUUCUGGGAGUCCUAUACCCAGCUUUCUACAUUGGUUUAACGAUUCUCAGCUGCUGUCCACCUCUUCUUCAAGUUCCGCGCCUCUUUCUGUUUUGUUUCGCCUGUUGUUGGGGAGAUUGCUUUAGCCGUCAGUGGUGUUUGAUCGACAAGUAGAGUAGCGCCCAUUGAUAACUUGGUAGAAUCUGAAAUCUCCAUUUCGCAUUUUUUGGAUUUCGAUUGUCAGUAAUCGGGGCAUAAGUUCAGGUCUUUUGGUUGAAGCGAACCUAUUUGAUAAUUUGCCUCAGAGAGCUAGUUCGGCAAGGAAGGAGGAAGUUUGUGUUUCUCGUGGUGCAGCUGUCUGGUGGGUCAUCUGAGGAUUGAAGAUUCUCAUUUUCGGUUAUCUGAUCGGUGAGUUUUUAUAGAUGGCGGAGCCGGAAUCGAAGCCUGAAGUUUCUGAGGAGACAUCACCUGAUUUGCUGAAGAACACGCCAUCGAACAUUGCGCGGUUGGAAGAUGUGAUAGAGCACUCGAUAGGUCGGCAGAAGUAUCUUGCACAGACUAUAAGUCCAUCUGAUGGUGGUGACGUGAGGUGGUACUUCUGUAGGGUCCCUCUAGCUCCAACAGAGUUAGCUGCAUCUGUUCCUCGCAACGAAGUAGUAGAAAAGGGCGAAUAUUUUCGUUUUGGAAUGAGAGAUUCACUUGCAAUUGAGGCUUCAUUCUUGCAGAAUGAAGAGGGGUUGCUUUCUACUUGGUGGAAAGAGUACGCUGAAUGUAGUGAAGGUCCAAGAGGACAACCAUCUUCAGGCAAGAAGAUAGAUGCCGAAGAUUCUAAUCUAUUUGAUGCAGAGGAAGAAAGAGUUGGUGUGCCUGUGAAAGGAGGGUUGUAUGAGGUAGAUCUACCAAGAAGGCAUUGUUUUCCUGUUUACUGGAACGGAGAAAACCGGCGUGUUCUGAGAGGUCACUGGUUUGCUCGUAAGGGGGGCUUAGAUUGGCUACCACUUCGUGAAGAUGUUUCUGAACAAUUAGAGGUGGCAUACCGCAGCCAGGUUUGGCAUCGUAGAACAUUUCAACCCUCUGGACUUUUUGCUGCUCGUGUUGAACUGCAAGGAUUUACACCAGGACUUCAUGCUCUUUUCAUGGGUGAAGAUGAUACCUGGGAGGCGUGGCUCAAUUUUGAUGCUUCCGGUGUUGCUAAUAUUGUUAACUUUAGUGGAAAUGGGAUUAAGUUAAGGCGUGGUUAUUCUGCACCUUCCUCAACAAAGCCAACUCAGGAUGAAUUGCGGCAGCAGAAGGAAGAGGAAAUGGAUGAUUACUGCUCACAGGUUCCUGUACAACAUGUGGUGUUUAUGGUGCACGGUAUUGGUCAAAGGUUGGAGAAAUCGAACUUGGUUGAUGAUGUCACCGAAUUUCGACAUAUUACAGCAAGUCUUGCUGAAAGGCAUUUAACUUCUCAUCAACUUGCUUCUCAGCGAGUCCUCUUUAUUCCAUGCCAGUGGAGAAAGGGCUUGAAACUUAGUGGUGAAGCUGCUGUUGAAAAGAUUACUUUAGAUGGUGUACGUGGUCUUCGUGUUAUGCUUGGUGGAACAGCGCAUGACGUAUUGUACUACAUGAGUCCCAUCUACUGUCAAGAUAUUAUUAAUUCGGUAUCAAACCAGUUAAACCGUUUGUAUUCAAAAUUUAUGAAGCGAAAUCCUGGGUAUGAUGGCAAGGUUUCCUUAUAUGGUCAUUCUUUGGGGAGUGUUCUCUCUUAUGACAUCCUCUGCCAUCAAGAGAACCUAUCAUCCCCAUUUCCUAUGGAGUGGAUGUACAAAGAACAGCCUUCCACUCCGAAGUCACUCCCUGAUGUGAAUGAGGAAUCUUCAAUGCAUGACCCUUUACCCAAGCUGGAGAGUACCUGUUCUGCUGAGCAAAUAGUGGAUUCUGCUGAUGAGUCAUCGACUCUGGUUCAUGAAGUUGGAAAUGUUGAUGAUGCCGCCAUAAUUACAAGUGCUCCGUUAGAUAAAGAUGAAGUUAGUGCCACGUCAGUAGAGUCCGAGCAAACCGAAGGCUUUCCCAGGUUGGACGAAAAUGGUCGAACCCUUUCUGAAGAAAAAGAUGGGUUAGACGAAGAUGCCACUACAACAGGUGAUGAGUCAAUUGAAGGACUGGAGAAUGAGGGUGUCAAAAACUGCAAAGCUGAUAAUGCCAAAGAGGUUGAAUUGUUGAAGAAAGAGAUCAAUUCCCUUAAAGCAAAAAUAGCAGAAUUGGAAUCAAAGAGUGUGACUGGGCCUGCUUGCGAAAGUAAGGAGAUGCCUGAAACGAAACCAAGCGAGUCCUCAUAUGAGAAUACCCCUACCACCCUGCAAAGUGAACCACAGAAUUACACCCCAUACAUAAAGUACACAAAACUUGAAUUUACGGUAGACACGUUUUUUGCUGUUGGUUCCCCUCUUGGAGUAUUCCUCGCUCUUCGUAACAUACGUAUCGGAGUUGGCAAAGGGCAAGAAUAUUGGAUCGAAGAAAAUAUCACAGAGGAGAUACCAGCUUGUAGGCAAAUGUUCAACAUUUUUCACCCAUUUGAUCCUGUAGCUUACAGAAUAGAGCCACUUGUAUGUAAAGAAUACAUCAACAAGCGUCCUGUAAUUAUUCCUUACCACAGAGGUGGAAAGCGUUUGCACAUUGGAUUUCAAGAAUUUUCUGAAGAUUUAGCUGCUCGUUCGCAGGCCAUCAAGGAUCUCUUAAACUCUGUUAAAGUUCUUACAAUCUGCCAGUCGAAAAUUGAAAAUAGCUUCGAUGGACAAGAGGAAAAUGUUCAGGAUAACAAUGAGAGAACAUACGGCACUUUCAUGAUGGAAAGGUUGACUGGAAGUGAAGAAGGGCGGAUAGAUCACAUGCUUCAGGAUAAAACUUUCGAACAUUCUUAUCUACAAGCAAUUGGAGCUCAUACGAAUUACUGGAGGGAUUGUGACACUGCACUCUUCAUCUUGAAACACUUAUACCGAGACAUAUCAGACGAGGUAGACCACGACGAUGAGACUGGCGAAGGGGACUCAUCUAGAGAUGGAAAUAGUGGCUGCGGGACCUCAACAUGGCAGGAACGGAGAGAGUCAGCUGAGGAGGAACUUCCUUUAACUUUCUCCGACCGACUGACCAUCAAGAACUUCUCCAGGAAAGCAAAGAAAUUCAUGAGGAAGCCGUGAUAGCUCUUCAGAGACAACAAGGUUGGUUCUGGUUCAUAUGGUUUUCGGAGUUGGGCACAGAACAGUUAGCUGUAUCUUUGUAAACAAACAAUAAAAAAAGGUAUCCUAGAAAAUGAAAACAAGACCCAUUUUUCAGGUUUAGAGUCCUUUUAGCAGUAAGAAGGUCUGUUCUGUUUGUUUUGGUUUUGAAGCCUUGCUUCUACUACGAUAUGUACAUAGAAACAUGCGUGUGACAGAAUUGGUGCAGUUGUAUAUAAUAAUAGACUUGGGUGGCUGGCUGUUUGCUUCUACGUUGUUUUUGAGUUGAAUGAGAUUAGCUUGUAAGUGUAUGCAAUGUAUAAAAAAAGAGGUUGGCA